CAAAAUAAUAAUAAUAAUAAUAAUAAUGGAGGGGCAUGACAAUGGUGGCACCCAAAAGUUGCAAAUUGUAGCUUUAACGAGUGUGGCACCGCUUAAGGUGACUGAAUCAAGGCGAAUUCGCCAAGUUGUGGGGAGUGACGACCACACUAUCCAGCCAAGGACAAUUAACGGAUGCUACAAAAUUGUUCUGUUCUAUGAGAAGUUGAACGAGGAGGACCGUGGUUGGUCUAUGGCUAGUUGGCUUGUGGAGUCACUGGCAAGGGCCCUGUUGGAGUACCCUCUGCUUGCUGGUCGCCUCCAAAGAAGGGGUGGUGACAUGGGAUUGGAAAUUGUGUGCAAUGAUUCUGGCAUUCGACUCUUGGAGGCACGCUACCCAAUGACCUUGUUAGAGUUUCUCGACUUGAACAAAAAGGAACAUCUCGAGGCUGAGCUUGUUUUCUGGAAAGAAAUUGAUGACCAGUUUCCCGAGUUCUCUCCUCUCGUUUAUGUUCAGGUGACCAAUUUCGAAUGUGGAGGAUACUCUAUUGGUAUCAGCUGCAGCCUGCUGUUGGCAGAGGUUUUGAUAGUUGAGAACUUCCUCAAGAAAUGGGCUGAAAUACACAACAAGUUACCCCAAAAUGAAGAGAUUAAAACACCAAUAUUUUACCACCCUGGUCUUAAAAAAAAUCCUGAGCCCCUCCCUUCUGACAUAAUCAGCCGCACAGAAAGCAAAAAUGGAGUUCAAAGCACUGUAUUCAAAGUUACUGCCAAGGAUGCAAAUUUCAGCAAGGAAUUAGCCCUGCUUUGUGUUGAGGAUGCAGAACGAAAGCUGAGUAUAAAGAUGGGUUCAGAUUUUUCUUUGUUCGUGAAAGAAUCAUCUGAGAUCAUCAAGGUAGAAAGCUGCUCCAAGAAUGGAUAUACCAUGCAGGGAUCGGGCCUCAAGAAUCAAAUAACUCGUGCCACGUGGAACGAUUUUGGAGUGUACGAGGUAGCAUUUCACGAAGGAAAUAAGCCCCUCCUCGUUUCUUGUUGGUUUGGAUCUGUUGCAGAUGUGCAUGUUAUGGCAAUCCCAUGCCCCAAGGAGAAUGCGUUUACCGUGAUUGUAGUUUCACCCCCUGUUGAAACUGAACUCUAA